GCUCGCGUCGCGCGGCGCGACCGUCGCAAUAUGGCCACGUGCUGAACGUGCGGUCGGUGUUUACGCGACGCGGCAAGGCGCCCGAUUUACGGCCGUGUCCCGUGUAAUCGCGACCCGUCGCGCCGAUUCGGCGGCGGUCGUGCACGCGACGGGUGAUUAACGCGGCGUGCCAGGAGUCGCGGGCGAAUGACGCGAUGAGUCGAGUAGUGGACGAGUGACUGACGUGUCGGACGGAGCACGAUUGAUAGGAGGUAUGGCGGGCGCGGACGAGGCCCAGGAGGUCGUCAGGUGCGCCUACGGCUGUCAGGACACCACCUGCAACGCCAGCAACGUCAGCGGCGACGGGGCCGCCGGUCGCUCCGUACGAAGCUACCGGCCACAUGGCAGCCUUGCCAGGGUGCUCUACGACAAGCGAAAAGCGGACGAGUGGCUGGCGGCGUACGACAAGCGCAAGUGGUAUAGGGUAGACAAAAGCAAGAUCAGAGAAGAUCUGUUGGAUUUGUGGAUCCCUCUCGGUACCGGUCCCAACGCCGACCAGCCCGACAAAGCCGCCGAAAUUUUCCUCGUGAGAUCUGCGGAGAGAUCCGACUCGUUGCCCCUACAGACUUGGCACUCGUUAGCCAGGUCGGCGUUAUCCUGGUUCAUCAGUCGAACGUCCAUAAACGGAUUGCUGGGCCGCGGUUCCAUGCACGUGUUCUCCAGCGAACAAUUUCAAAAGCUAAUGGACGCGAGCGGCUUCACGGGCCCCUGGCAUUCCUUGGUGGAUCUCGGAGCAGGUGAUGGCGCAACCACCGCCCACGUGGCGCAUCUCUUCGAAAAGGUGUAUGCCACGGAUAUCUCGCCCCCCAUGAGGUGGGCUCUGGCGAAAAGGAAAUUCAUAGUACUCGAUGUGGAGAGAUGGCACCAGGAAGCCGGUCCUUUCAACGUCAUCCUCUGCUUGAAUCUCCUUGACCGUUGCGAUCGUCCGAAUACUCUACUGAGGCUACUGAGAACCUCGCUGGCUCCCGGUGGCAGGCUGGUCGUCGCUCUGGUACUACCGUUUAGCCCCUACGUCGAGGUUGGCGAAAGGGGUAAUCACAAACCGUCGGAGUGCCUGCCGGUGCGAGGGAACGGGCUCGAGACUCAGAUAAUCAGUCUAAUCGACCGGAUCUUCGCCCCGAUAGGUCUGCGAUGCCUCGUCUGGAGCAAACUGCCGUACCUGUGCGAGGGCGAUCUGGGACAGUCGUAUUACUUCCUGGACGACGUGAUCUUCGUGCUGGAGGCACAGCCAGUUAGUACACGAUCUUGCAACUUCGCGGUAAACGACGGUGUUUCUCUACGAAGGAACUUUUAGAACUCAAAGAUAAGUGGAUCGCGUGUACGAUACGUUUACAGGGAUGGGGAGAGGGAGGAGAGACUAAAGAUGACAACGGGAGGAAAUGAUACCGAGCGUGUCUUUCACACUUGUAAAAACUUUAAUAAUUGCUGUCAUGAAUUAGAAUUAUGCGAGAAUACAGAAGAGCAAUACUGGCAAGCGACGACGAGCUUAAUGUGCAGACACAGCGGUUAGCGUUUGGUGUACGAAUAUCGAUUAGCGAUCCGAGUUUAAAAAGGGAACGACGGAUCGACGGUGUGCAUUUUAUAAUCGUUUAUCAUCUUACUGUCAAAUUCGGUGCGGAAACAUGUACACGGUAUGGUAUAGAUAUGGCGCGAGAGUAACGAGAUCCGGAAACGAAAUCUGUAUUUCUUCUUUUUCUGCUCUCCUCCUUGUGUGUUCGACUCCGUUCAAGAGAACAUUCCUCUAGAAUUAAAUCUUGUUAAUUAUUUAAACUAGUAUGAAUUAACGAACGAUAUUCAAAACAGAAUAUUUAAACUAACGCACACUAUGGUAUCAGUUGCAGCAACUGCAGUAAUGAAAUCACAAAAAAUGAACGAAAUGAAUUUCUCGAUAAUCUUUCAAUGAUAAUUCUAAAUCUAGAAUAUAAGAUGUUAUCGUUAACAAUAUAUAAUGAAUAUAAAACGGAAAAUAAGAAAACUUGCUGCAGUGCUACAACUUUUGCUUUAAAAAGGAUAAACGCACAAAUCUCUCAUCAAUUUUGAGCAAUCGCUCUAUCGUGUUCAAUGAUCGAUAAACUAAGAUGGAUUAUGGAUUUAUCUCGAACGCAGCCUCUAAAUGUUUUACGUAUCUCGAAAUUCUAUUUUGGUAUAUCAAAUUGACUCUUUUUCUUAUCAGACUCUGUUUCCGCGCUCCCUUUUCUCUAUUUGGCAUAAAUUGCAACGACUUAGUCAUGGUUAUGCUUAAUUGCGUUGAUCACACGGACCGAUCCAUCGCAAUACAAACGACAUUACGUUUGCAUUUUUUUACGUAAUAAUAAUAUGUAAUAUUAUAAGAAAUAAGUCCACCUAGUUAUUGGAAAUACACUUUGGUGUGCAACAAGUUAUCGUCGAAUUAUGAACCAUAUUGCAGCAGCCUUCUUGUCAAUAUAUAUAUAUAUAUUAUAUAUGUAUGUCAACAAAAACGCAGUCUAUAGAAGCCGGAUCUGCAUUCGUUUAAACAGCUACAAUAGCCGUGAUCACAAAUAAAGAAUUACUGUCGAGAAUUAUUCUUCAGAUUUGUUAAUUGUUAUCGUUUCUCUCCGCAUGCUUCCCACAUUUUCGAACACAACACAGUACAGAAUGAAAGAAAGCGAAUCACACAAUACAGAAUGAAAGAAAAUAAUCUAGAAUCGAAAAGAAAAGAAUCGAAAAAAAGAGCAAAAUAAAAAAAAAAGAAAUAAUUCACAUGAUUCUCCAAAUCAUGGAUCCGACUCCUAAAUGGUAAUCGAUCGGCACAUUCGCUGCAUACGUACAGUAAAUAAUAACAGAUACAUGUAUAGAAAGACAUCUUCAACAUACGCGCAUUCAUAUAAAAUUUUGCUAUUUGAUAGCCAAAACUUCGCAUUCUUGCGGAUACUUACACACAGCCCAUAAAAACAGAGCCCCACGCAUUCGAGUGCCGCGCGCUAUUGUUGCGAUCGCGGUGUACACAGCAUUUAUCGCUUACAUUCAAAGACGAACGCUUGUAACUUUAUAUUAUCGA